UGUACCCAACUGGAAAACACUCUUAACGUGCGACGUUGGCGUUUACCGUGAGAAGAAAAUACGAAGGAGGGUCCAAAGUUGGACCUGCUUUCAUCUGUAAAAUAGGCUAGUGUUUUCAUCACCACAAAGAGGGGUUUAAAACCUCUAAAACUUGAACCGUGGUUCCAUUUUCGGCUUGUUGGACUGGAUAUUUAUUUGGGACUAUAGUUCUUUCAAACGGAUCCGGAGGGGCUUUCUCUAGAUCCACUUACUCGUGUCUCCAGACUCAUUUGGAAAAGUGCCUCUCAUAACGAAUCACGCACAAAUAAACUGCCAGAGGAACUUGGUAAUUUGAGGGAAUUACAUUUUUUCCACACGAGAUCAGUUGGACACUAUAAAAGACAACCUGCUUGAGGACGAUUUGAAGAACUUCAGGACCUUCUCUAUAUUGUAAAAGAAGUAUAUCAAGGAGGAUUCGAAAGCUGUUGGAACUAUGCCUCAAAAAGGGAUAUUUUAAUAGAGUGAAGCAGAUGAGAGUCUAUAAAUUGUUUUAAGCGGACAGUCAACUCUGUUUCCAGAAUACUAUAACCGGGCCACGUGGGAGUCUGGCGUAGCGUCAAUGAUGCAAAACAAGGUGUAUGACAUCUGUAACGAAGGUCACAGUGGAGUGAACCAGCUCGGUGGUGUAUUCGUCAACGGUAGACCGCUGCCCGACUCCACGAGGCAGAAAAUAGUUGAACUCGCGCACAGUGGCGCGCGGCCGUGCGACAUAUCCAGGAUUCUGCAGACCCAUGCUGAUGCAAAAGUCCAAGUGCUGGACAAUGAAAACGUGUCCAACGGGUGCGUGAGUAAAAUCUUGGGAAGAUACUAUGAAACAGGCUCCAUCAGACCAAGGGCGAUUGGAGGAAGUAAACCACGAGUAGCAACUCCCGAGGUGGUCAACAAAAUUGCCCAUUACAAGAGGGAGUGUCCGUCCAUCUUCGCCUGGGAAAUCCGAGACAGACUGCUAUCCGAGGGGGUCUGCACAAACGAUAAUAUACCCAGCGUGUCAUCGAUAAACAGAGUACUGCGCAACCUGGCUAGCGAUAAGCAACAGAUGGGCGCAGAUGGCAUGUAUGAAAAGCUGAGGAUGCUGAACGGUCAGACCGGCACGUGGGGGACCCGGCCGGGCUGGUACCCCGGAACUUCGGUACCAGGACAGCCCAAUCAAGAUGGCUGUCAGCAAUCAGACGGAGGCGGUGAGAACACGAACUCAAUAAGCUCGAAUGGGGAGGAUUCGGAUGAGACCCAAAUGAGACUUCAGCUAAAAAGAAAACUGCAAAGAAACCGCACAUCUUUCACACAAGAACAAAUAGAAGCACUUGAAAAGGAGUUCGAGAGAACCCAUUAUCCUGACGUGUUCGCACGAGAGAGACUUGCCGCCAAAAUAGAUUUACCCGAAGCAAGAAUACAGGUGUGGUUCUCGAACAGAAGAGCAAAAUGGAGGAGGGAGGAAAAGUUAAGAAAUCAAAGAAGACAAGCCAGUAACUCUUCGAGUCAUAUACCCAUCAGUAGCAGCUUUAGCACUACUGUAUAUCAGCCAAUCCCUCAGCCCACAACGCCAGUAUCCUUCACAUCAGGGUCCAUGUUGGGAAGAUCGGACACAGCCCUUACAAACACAUACAGCACCCUGCCACCAAUGCCAAACUUCACCAUGGCCAACAACCUUCCUUUACAAGAUAGAGAUGUGAGUGUUGCUGACAGGUUUGCCCUUCUCCCCUUCUUACCACCCCAGCCAAGCCAGACCUCAUCCUAUUCCUGCAUGUUGCCAACUAGUCCUUCGGUAAAUGGGCGGAGCUAUGACACCUACACAUCACAGCACAUGCAGGCACAUAUGAACAGCCAAUCAAUGGCCACCUCAGGCACAACAUCAACAGGUCUAAUCUCGCCUGGAGUGUCUGUACCAGUCCAAGUGCCAGGCAGUGAAGCAGACAUGUCCCAAUACUGGCCCAGGCUACAGUGAGAAAAAAGGCACAUGAGAAGAAAUAAAGAGAAAGAAAACAGAGGAGAGGAAAAAAAAGAAAGGAGCUCCUUCAACUCCUGAUGUCUCUCGGCUGCAAGGCAGGGCUGUUCAGCAGUAUUUAACUUCAAAAGGAAAAGAGGAAACUCUAAAUGACCUUUUUGUGAACUGGGAUAGUGCCACUUGUCUAUCAUUCUUUGGACACAAAGACUUAAAGAAGUACAGACUUCUGUAAAGUGCCCGGUAUUAUAUCGUAAAAUGGAAAAAAAAAAAAAAUCUGUUUUUCAGUUUCCAACCUAAGUCAUUUUGAUGUAUUUGUACAUGUAAUGGCCAAUCAUAUGUUAUGACAAAGAUGGAAAAAAAAAUAUUGAACAACUAUGGAUGGACUGUCAAACCAAGCUGCAUCAGUGAGCAGAAGAACAUUUGUGCAAACUUGUUUGCCAUUCAUCAAACCUUUCCCAUUAUCAGCUGAUAUCAAGAACUUCUGCCCACUUCUGUUUCCAGUGUGGACCUGUUGAAACAAAAUAUCUCUGUAUCAUUUCAAGGCAAAAAUAGCAACAGAGUUCAAAAGAAGCCAAUCUACAGUUUGUUUUGUUUCCAAAACUUGCAGACAAAACGAGGGGUAUGUUGAACAAGGUGACUACUGAACCGGAGGAGAAAAUGUGUGGUAGCUAAAAAUGGUAGAUUGUGUCUUCAAUAUAAUUCAGUUUUGUCUAUGUCAAAAUGUAAGUAUUUGUCUUCCCUAGAAGUCUUG